AUGAUUCCUGCGCUCCCAUGUCUCCUAGAAAUGGUUUCCUUCAUCAUUGGUGGGAUCUCCAGCAGAUUAAAGAUAAAAGAUCCUUCACCGGCUUGUAGACUGCAGCUAAGGAAGACCUACGAGGAGUACGAAUACUUCAAGGAUGGAGACAUCAUAAUUGGAGGCCUUUUCACCGUCAAUCACCACAUGGUCCCCAUAGGAAGUCACAUGUUUCAGACACACAUAGCGUGCUUUAACCCACUGCCUAAUAACUACAAAAAUCUGCUGACCUUUUUCUACGGCAUCCGGGAUGAAAACACACAGGUGUUACAGAAUGUUUCUCUGGGAUAUCACAUCUUCGAUUCAUGCGCAGAUGAAAACAAGGCCAUUAAAAAUAUCCUCCAGAUUUUAUCCGGUCCGGGAAAAACUGUUCCUAAUUAUUCUUGUGCAAAACGUGACAAGAUCAUCGGUUUCAUCGGGGAUCACUAUUCUAAAACCACCCUUCCUAUGGCACAGUUGUUGGGUGUGUACAGGUACUCUCAGAUCAGUUACGGUGCUACAAGCCAUGAACUAAGCAACAAGAAGUUGUAUCCCAAAUUUUUUCGAACGGUCCAAAAUCACCGCGCCGCUUCCAUUAUCUUGUGUAAGCUGAUUAAAUUCUUUGGCUGGACCUGGGUUGGGAUUCUCGCUUCGGAUGAUGAUGGUGGAGAGAAGGAAGUUCAGGAAUUGAUGAAUAUUAUGGUCGGCCAGGGCAUCUGUGCCGCUUUCAUUAUAAAGAUUAAACAGGGUUCACCUGAAAAGAUUCAAGAAUUUCAAAGGAGCCUUCAGGUUAUCCAGAAGUCAACGGCCCAAAUUCUGGUGAUUUGUGGCUCCAAUUCCUUUUCUAUGGGUUUCAGUUUUGCCUAUUUAGAGAAGCAUUUAAGUGACAGAACUUUGAUCCUCUACCCGUCAUGGGCAGUCCAAGAAUUCCUCCUAAAUAAUUACCCAAAGACAUUUAAUGGGAGUUUGACACUUAAUAGUUUACCAAGAAAAUUCUCACAGUCAGCGGAAUUUUUUAACAACAUUCGGCGUGUGAAAUACCCAAAGGACUUAUUGCUUGAAAAUAUCUGGAUGAUGUUUAAGGGUUGUGUGACGAAUAACCCAAAGAAAAAUCUGCAUUUUGGAAUGUUUUUCAAUCUAUCAUUCAAAAACUGCACUGGAGAGGAACCAGUAACAUUAAUUCCCGGGUUAAACCAAAACAAGUUUUCUACUCAAGUUUAUAUUUCAGUCAAUUCUAUGAUUAUUGCAAUCAAUGCUCUACUGCAAUUGGGUAAACCUACCAGUGGAAAGGAUGUCCCAAUUUAUACAAUUAAAAAGCAAGAUCGAAAUGUCAUCCUGUCUAAGGCUAGAACCACUGACAACAUUAAAGUGGAUAAUGCUAAAGUCUUGUUGUUUCCUGACUUCUCAGAUGAAGUCCAAAAACAAUCAGCGACCUUCUUGAAUGUCAAGAAAAAGUUGAGCGUCCUGGACAUACAAAACGUUAUGAUUAAAAUUAAUCAAGUUCCUAAUUGCACGGGUGUAAAUGUUCAUGUUUUAAUUGGCUGUUUUUUAGAUAGUGAAAACUGUAUUAGAUGUCCGGAUUACGAGUGGCCCAAUGAGAAGAAGGAUCUGUGCGUCCCGAGACUAGAAGACUUUCUUUCCUUCAGGAUGGAGGUCAUCACCAUUGUUGCCAUAUUGGUCUCUGUUCUGUUUUACAUAAAAACGGUUCUGAUAAUCGCAGUUUUUAUUCUGUUUCGGGACACACCAGUUGUGAAAGCCAAUAACAAGAGCCUCAGCUUCGUCCUCCUGGUCUCCAUCAUGUUGGGUUUCCUCUGUGUGUUCCUCUUCCUGGGUCGCCCUUUGGAUAUUACCUGCCAACUACGCCAAAUUACCUUCGCAGUCCUUUUCUCAGUAGCCGAAUCCUCUAUACUGGCCAAGACUCUUGUGGUUUGCAUCGCUUUUAAAGCCACCAAACCUGGAGGUAGAUGGCAAAAAUGGAUCGGGGGCAGAGUGCCCGGUUAUGUUGUCGUCACUUGUUCUUCUGUCCAGAUGGUGAUUUGUCUUCUUUGGUCAUCACUCUCCCCACCGUACCAAGAGCUGGACACACAUUCCUAUCAUGGAAGGAUUAUCGUCCAAUGUAAUGAAGGGUCAGUUGUCGGGUUCUACUCUGUCCUGGGAUAUAUGGGGAUCCUGGCUGCUGUCAGUUUUAUUAUCGCUUUUUUUGCCAGGACAUUACCGGACAGUUUUAAUGAAGCCAAAUACAUCACCUUCAGCAUGCUGGUGUUCUGCAGUGUCUGGAUUGCCAUGAUCCCGGCCUAUCUGGGCACCAAAGGGAAAUACACGGUGGCUGUGGAGAUAUUCGCCAUACUGGCGUCAAAUGCUGGACUUCUAGGCUGCAUAUUCUUCCCUAAAUGUUAUAUUAUUGUAUGCAAACCAAAACUGAACACAAAAAUGUGCUUGCUUGACAACAGAAAAAUAGUAGUUGGGUAUAUCAAAUAGGUUCCUAUCGUGGUUCAUACUUUGUUCCUGCCACCUCUCCUCAUCCACCAUCCCUC